UGCUAGGUUCUUUUCCACAUCUUUUUGAAAGAAAAUGGAUUCAGCUUCUACAGUUAAAGUUGGUGGCAAAAAGAGAGACCCUUGUUGGAAACAUGGGAGACCAGGUCCAAAACGAGGAGAUGUUUUUUGCAACCAUUGCAAAAAAAUUGUAAAAGAUGGCAUUAAUAGGUUCAAAUAUCACCUUGCAAAAAUUCAAUGCCGAGAUACCACAAGCUGUACGGAAUGUACUGAAGAGGCUACGAGAGAUGCAAUAGCAACGCUUGAAGCAUAUGAUCAAAGGAAGGCAACAAAAAAGAGAACAACAGAGGCAAUGGCAGCCCCAAGGGCAGAUUUGAGUUCCAUAGGGUCACAUACAGAUGUGGGGACAUCUGGUUCUUCCCUUGGGCCACGGAUACAAGCAAAGGGAACUUUGGACAGCAACAUGGAAAACUUCUUUAUUCCAUGUAACACUCCUGGUGCACAACCUGGAUUUCUUGGCACUGCAUGGAAUAAAGAGGCUCACCAACAAGCCAAGGUGGCGUGUGCUAGAUUUUUUAUCUACAACGAUGUUCCAUUCAAUGCUAUUUCUAGUCCAUCUUGGGACCAAUUGGUCACCGCGUUGACUGUGGCAGGUAAGGGGUUCAAGUCCCCAAGCCGUUACGAGGUAAGUGGACCGUUAUUGCAGGAUGAGGUCCAAAACACUCAUGCAUUAGUGGAAGAGCAAAGGACUAUUUGGGAGAAGAAUGGCUGCACCAUUCUUUCUGAUGGAUGGACAGAUGGUAGGAAUAGGACACUCAUCAACUUUCUAGUUGCUUCAGGAGGACAGUUAGUAUUUUUAAAAUCAAUUGAUGCCUCCAACGAAGUGAAGAAUGCGGAGACCUUGUGCAACAUGUUGGAUGAGGUGGUGAUGGAUGUGGGAGUGCAGAAUGUCAUCCAAGUUGUGACUGAUAAUGCAGCUGCAUAUGUGGCAGCCGGCAGACUUCUAAUGGCUAGACAUCUGACAUUAUUUUGGAGCCCUUGUGCUGCCCAUUGUCUUGACUUGCUCCUUGAGGACAUAGGGAAACUAAGUUGGGUAAAGAAAGUGGUUGAAGAUGGAAGGAAUAUCACCAAAUACAUCUACAAUCACACAUGGGUCCUGAAUCUUAUGAGAGAGCACACUGAAGGUAAGGAUCUUGUGCGAUCGGGGGUCACACGCUUUGCUACCAAUUUCCUCACCUUGCAGAGCAUACUUGCUACAUUGCCCAACCUGAAGCGGAUGUUCGUGAGUGAAAGAUGGUUGGGGAGUCCUUAUGCUAUAGAGCUUGAAGCAGAGAAGGUUGUGAUUGCCAUUUUUGAUACUAAUUUUGCCAAGAUAGUGGAGGAGAUCAUCAAUGUAAGUUUUGAAACUUUAAUUGAUGAUUUAUUAUUUAAUUUUCUAAUAUUUCAAUCUGCUGAUUUUGUUAGAUUUUUUAUAUCUAGGUGUCGGAACCGUUGGUGAGGGUGCUAUGAAUGGUGGAUGGGGAUCAUAACUCCAUGGGGUAUCUAUACGAGGCCAUGGAUAAGGCCAAAGAGGCGAUUCAACACUUGUAUGGGUCAAACAAGACCAAGUAUGAACCCAUAUGGCGCAUAAUUGAUCGGAGGUGGAACCAUCAACUCCACCAACAUAUUCAUGCUGCUGCCUACUUCUUGAAUCCCAAGUUUUUUUACUCUCCGAGUUUCAGAGCAGAUGCAGAGGUUAGAAUUGGCCUUGACACAUGCAUUCGGAGAUUAGUUGAUGAUGAGAUCCUUCGAGACCUGAUACUUGAUGAGUUGUAGAGCUAUAAGAAGGCCUUAGGGGAAUGGUUUUCUUCACCUGAUUGCAAACGUAGGAGAGCCACCUUACGACCAGAUUUGUGGUGGGAAGAUUAUGGUGCCAUAAUGCCUAAUCUUCAAAAGCUUGCCAUCCGCAUAUUAUCACAGCCUUGUAGUGCUUC